UAAAGUAAUUGAACGUGUCCCAAUGAUUGAAACAUUUAAUUAUUAUUUUAUGUUUGUUUUAAAAAUUAAUUUAUAUAUGUUUAUUAAAAUGCUUAUCAAUAAAUUAAAGAAAAUCACAAACCAACUAGACGUUUCAUUUAUUAUGUUCCGUAUAUUGAAACCACCUUAAUAAAGGGAAAUACGUCGAUAAUAUUUUAAUCAUUGAGGACAUGCAUGUUCGAUCAUUGGGACGUUUAUCUUGGCAGUUUUUUACGUAAAAAUAAUUUCAUAUAAUCAAGUGGUUUUUCAUUGUCAAAUUCACCGCGAACAAAUAUAUAUGUCUCCUCGCUCGCACGCUUGCCAAUCGUCAAGGCGUCACCACAAUUCGCAUUCAGACCUGUUAUUUUAACGAUCGGUAACGACCCGAUAUUUUACAGUUGUAAGUGAUGUAGGAGGAAUGUCACUGAGCUUCUCAUAACCAAAUUUUAAUUAAGAGAGAAAGAGAGAAAAAGAGAGAGAGAGAGAAAGAAUAGCAUACGUAUACAGAGAAGUAACCAUAUGUAAACCACAUAGAAUAAAUAAUUUACGUGUAAAUGGAUUCCAAAGUUUACACAGUAGAAUUGAUACGUCAGGAUAUUAUCAAAAACCACCUCCAAGUAAACGCUUUAAUACAAGACAUAAAACAAUGCACUGGACCGUUGGAAGUGUUAGACGAGCUCAAUGCUGAAGGCAGAGCCAAGAUAGCAGUAUUAGAAUCUUCCAUAGAACGACUGGCGUCUGUCGCUGAAACUGAACCAAGUGAGAAGAAGAAGACUGAGUUGCUGUCUAUCGUCGAGAGCUACAAAGAACAGUUGAAUGUAUCCUUGGCGGUUUUUCGCAAGGCCAAUGUCAUUAGUGCGUGUGUCAUUGACAAGUUAGCCAGGGAGAAUCUACUCUCCGUGCCAGAGGAACGGCAAAAUGCCCUUCGCAAGCGACGGGAUAAGCAAAGUUUGACAGACACGUCCAGCCAAAUCACGGACAAAUUAUUUAGUAUCGCGAGACAUCUAGCUGAGACCACUCAGAGAAGCGCUGAUACACUGGAUACAUUAUUAACAUCCUCGGACAAGGUUGACAACACCAGGAACGAGCUGGAGCAUCAGCAACAAGUAAUAGUGCAGUCAGGAAAGCUCUUAGGAAAGUACGGUAGACGCGAGGUCACCGACAAAGCAUUGCUUGCACUGGCCUUCGCGUUUUUCCUCGCCUGCGUAUUUUACAUUUUACAAAAAAGACUGUUCUGAGAUCGCCCUCGCGAGAUGAUAACUUAAAUGCAUUCGAUCAAUCGUUUACAAUGAUAUCGCGUGACUGUAACACAUACACACACACACACACACAUGUGUGUGUGUGUGUGUGUGUGUGUGUAUAGCAUAGGAAUUUUCAUAAGUCGUAGAAGAGAAUGUAUGUACUGUUUAAGAGAAGAAACCGGGUGGGUUUUUUAUAAACGUUUUAAAUGAUUUCCACAUA